AUGAAGGUCAUCGAGAAGGGCAGCGACAGAAGAGCACAAGUUCAUGUCUAUGUCGAAGGUCGGGUUGCGCCGCUUGAAGAGUACGGAGAAUACAUUGACCCACGAGACAAGGCCAUUUGCUGCUAUGUGGCCAUUGAUGAGGGUCACAAGCCUCGAAUCGGCGGCAGGUUCACGGGCACCACUCUGGCUGUAGCGUAUGAUACUAUUGUAGACGGAGUUCUACGCAAGGCCCAUUCGUAUGUCGCAAAGGCUGUAAGCGUACAGACCAACAGGAAAAUCGACACUGAGAAGUUCCUUUGCAAGACUGGUAAAGACAUCAUCGAUACCGAAAUCACAGUGGCUCCUCUCUUGGAUGUGGUUAUGACACAAGACGGCGGGCCUGAAACCUUCGGAACAAUGGAGCAUCGUCUGUACAUUACACGACAAUUGGGUGUUUCGCACGUCAACAACGUCAAGAAAUACUACGAGAUCAGAAGUGACGUUGAGUGUGAUCAUUCGGAUGAAACCGAGCAGAAAGCAAGCUUCAAGUUGAUACCUCCAACUCUCAAGAUGUCAUUGGAGAGAAAUACGGCUCCCUUGGAGGGGACACAGCCAAGCCUUCACAAGCGUAGGGCAGAUGCAAAGCGUCCAGGCUCAGAGCCAUGGGCCAUUUUUCGUUUCCACUAUCGCAGUGAAGAGGACAUUCUCGACCGCGACAUGGUCAUGAGUUUUGACCCUGACGACAAAGAUAUAGGCGAAGCGCAUACUCUAGCGCUGGAAACUCUUCCUUCUCUGACCAUAGGCGCAAAGCCCCUAUCGAAGAAUGACGGGGACGCCUCGUCGCGAUCAGAAUCUCCCAUGCCCGCGGGCACACCUUCCACUCCAGUGAAAAGCACACAGUCAGCCCCGAAGAUGUCCAGCCCCAUCAAGAAGAAAUAUGGGCCUCCACCAAAUCCCUCUGAAGCUACCACGAUGUCAUCCCCUAAAGAUCAAACACAGACUGCGACCCCCGAAGUACCUCCUGCGGCAGCUCCUGAGAGCACCAUGAACCCAGAGACCCAGAACGAGACCCAGGCGCCUUCCGAACAACCAACUGCGGAGGCCAAGCAGGCAGUUGCCAACAGAGACACUAGUAGCAGCACCUCUACCUCCACCCUCAGUAACAAUGGCGAGAAGACCACACAGAACAUCGUCGACCCGCCUUCUGUGCCGACGGCCGAUAUGACUGCGAAAGUACCCAGCCUCACAGAUUCAAGCACUAAGCCUGCAAAUGCGCACGCAGAGAAAUCUGUAGCCGUAGCCAAGGCGACCACCAAAAAGCUACCCCCGUCGCUAUUUGCCCCAGUAAAGAAGCCUCCGCAAACGCCAAUCACUCCAGCAAAGAAGGCGGUCGCGAAACCAGCACUUAUCACUACCAACACUACCAACGGUCAGAAGAAGCCGGAUGCGCCCCCCGUAGCAGUUGGACCGGAAAAGCGUCCAUUCUCAACUAUCAACGGCACAGCGCCAGAACCAAAGCGUACGAAGCCAACGCCUACUCCGACGCCUUUGGCACCUACUAAGCCUUCAGUCCCGCGCUCACCUACACCCAAAACGCUUUCUAUCGAGCGCCAGCUCGCAGACCAGCGCAGGAAACUCGAGGACAUGCGCAAGAGGCGCAUGGAGACUGCUAAGAAGCAGACUGAAAUCGAUGCACAGAUGGGUCCCUACAAGCAGCGCAUGGCAGAAGAGCUGGACCGUCUUAAUCAAGCCGUGAUGGAAGAGGAGAGUGCCUAUACCGAGGAGGCAGAGCACUACAGCGCUAGUGUUGAGAUCCUGCAGGAGUUCAAGAAGGCGGACGGUGGCAACUAG